GAUGAAAAACUCACAGCCGUGUUCAUUCGUUAACUUGAAUGUUUGUAAACAAUAUGCACGGACUCCCACAAAAUUAUGAUUGCUAUAAAACGUGAAUUAUGAAAACAUUUUCACUAUUUUUAUAAAAAGAUGUCCGCAAUUGGUUUUGGAGAUGAACUUGUAAAAGAUUAUUUAAUGUUUCGAGGUUUUUUAUCGACUCUUAAAGCAUUUGAAAGUGAAAUAAAAUCUGACAAAGACAAACAAUUUCGACCUGAUAGAAUUGUUGAACAUCUUAGUAGUUGUAUUGCGAAUUCUGACUUGGCUACCCUAAGAGAUGCCUGGGGUCACCUGGAUCAGAGAUUUUUUGCCAGAUUAGAACAUUCUUUCCUAGGCACAGCCAAGAAGUUAGAGGUUGCUUUGCUUAGAAUGUAUUUAGUCACAUGUAUAUCAACAGGGAAACAAGACAAACUACUUGAAUUUUUUGAAAAAAUGACUUCAGAGCUUCAGGGACAACCUGAAUGGAAAGAAUGGUUUGCUUUGCCUUUCAUGAAAAAUGCUGAUGAGCAUCCAAACUUCUCUGUUUAUUUUUCUCGGCAGUGGCAAGAUACCAUGUUGCUUUCUCUUCAUAACUUUAUCAGUGUUGUCUUUCAAAGUGCAGCAAUGCCUACUUUACUGAGUUAUGAAGAAGAUUUAAUUAAACUUCAACAACUUUCUGACGAAAAUGAAAAGCUGAAAAGGAAGUUAGCAGCUCUUCAGUCUGGUCAAAAUGUUGAUGAACCAAAAUCUUAUCAAGAACCUCCUCGCACCAUCUUUCGUAAUCCUUCCGAAUUAAUGGAUGAUUUUUAUGUCAUAGCUCAGGAAACUCCUUCAGAGAGUUCAAACAGAUCUAUCAAGUCACUGAUACGCAACAUUAGCGGAGGAGGUACACCCACUUCACCUAAUUUAGGACGUCGUUCAACAGAAUCCAAGAAAUCUGAAGAAGUAUCAAGUUCGUCUAAAGUUAGCAAAUUGAAACCAAGGUCACCUAGUGUUCCACCUCGUCCAACAGGCACACUUUCUGUGUUGGAAACAAAACCAAAAAGGGAAUCACCUGAAGCUUCGAGAUCUAUUUCUAAUGAUGAAAAGCGAUCAUCGCAAGCUAAAGCGGAAAGACCUCAUUUAAAGUCACAUCAUUCAACAACAUCUGUUCCUUCACCUAUUAAAUCAUUGGAUAACAAAAGUGGAUUGAUCAUUUUGAGUUUGGAAAAAUACUCUGAACACAAUUCAUUGAUAACUCACUGCAAAUUCAACUGCACUGGUACAACUGUUGCUAGUUCAGAUAUGGAUGGAGUUAUUAAAAUAUGGAAUGCUACACCUUCUAUUUCCACUUUGUCAACAAUCAUGUCCAAAACUAGUGUCCUCUCUUUGGAAUGGGACAAGAAAAGAGAAAGAUUGCUUCUAUAUGGUGGUACGACAGGCACAUUGAGAAUUUAUGACUCGAAAGAGAGGAGGGUGAUGAAAGAGUUAUUUGUCGAUGGAUCAGGGGAGAACGAUCAGAAAGUUCUCUGCAUUUGUUGCAAUCCACUGGGAAAUAAUUUUGUCACUUCAGCAACUUUGCAAGAAGGUGGACAACUUAGUUUGUGGGACAUGAAAUCUUUAACAUUAGAGAGAUAUUUGUUACCGCCUUCCCACAAUGCCUGCGUCUACUGCUGUUCUUUUAAUCAUAAUGGACAACUACUACUUGUUGGAUUAUCCAAUGGAACUUCUUCAAUACUAGAUCUUAGAACAUCUGAAAACAUUGCAACUUGGACAUCACACAGCGGAGGAGUACUUUCUACUGAGUUCAGUUCUGAUGAAACCCUCUGUUACACUAUGGGGGAAGAUGGAAAGUUUUCUUCUUGGAAUGUGAAUCAGACGGGUCAUAAAUCAAGUGAACUCCAAAUACAUUCAGAGUCAAUUCCCACAAGAUCCCAUGAACUCAGGUCAUUCGGAAAACUCUUCAGCUUCAGUAAUGAUGGUAAUCACGUUUUAACCUGUGGUCCUUUAGGUGGUGUCAUUUACAAAGUUACACCAUCUUCUGCUACCUCUGUACUUGACAUUGGUGGUCAUAAUAAACCGGUGAACACUGUUGAUUGGUCCACAGCUAUGGAAAUUAGUACAUGCAUAUGUGGUACCAUUGAUGGAAAAGUGAUUGUUAGCACUCUACUUAAUCAGUGAUUGUAAAGAACUUUAUUGUAUUAAAGAAUAUAUUAUGAGUGUAUGUGUACACACAAACUAAAGCAUUCCUGUUAAUAAUUUAUUAUAUUUUUCAAUAAAAUUUUGAAAUAUGA